AAGCACGACUAACUUAUGCCGCUACGUAUGCUGAGGAAAAUAAAGAAAAUGAGGCAUGUGGUGUAGAAGAAUCUUUAAUUGUAAACACAGAAGAGGUUGUGGAAUCGGAAUGUGUUUUUAUUGACCAUGAUUAUGAUACUAUUACGAGUGGUUUGACUGGAGCAACUGUAACCAAGCAAAAAUUGCUUGAACCUACACCAGGCCCAUCAGGACGACAGGACCAGUCUUCAAAUGAUAUGGGCACAUAUGAAUAUACCGAAAAUCCACUCCAAGAAAGCACUGUUGAUAAAAGGAAUGUUAAAACGCCCAAGGGUGUAUUAUUGCCGCCACGACAAAGAAAAAGAGAUCCAUUACGCAAGCAUGCGUUAACAUACCUCAAUGAAAAAUCAGAAAGGGAAACAAGUAUUAAACGUAGAGAGUUGGCGCUGGAAGAAAGAAAAAUUGAGCUACAAGAACGUAGGUUGAAUUUGGAGGAAGCAAAAUUCGAACUAGAUAAACAAAAAGUGGCAGUAGAGUUAGAGGAGCGAAGGGAACAUCUUGAUCUUCAGCGAAAGCAUCUAGAAAUUUAUUUAAAGGACAAGGAGGCAACAAUGAAUAUAAUUCAUGUACAACAAAAACUCUUAGAUACAUUAACAAAGCAGUGUAAUCAAUAAUCAUGUAAUAAAAUAAGUAGUAAAUAUAGUAAUAAC